CAGUAUUCUCACUACACUUUUAUAUGGCACAAAGGUCUGGAAUUAGUGCGCGACAGAGGGAUUUGGGAUGGGUUGCUUGGAAACCCCCACCUACAGGCUGGUAUAAGCUGAAUACGGAUGGAGCACUCUCACAUGUCACGUGUCUGGCCACUGCAGUAGAAAAGGGAUUCGUGCUUGCCAAAUGCUGGGUAUUACGAAAGUUAGUGAUGGAAAUGGAUUCAAUGGUUGCAUUUCGGUUGUUAACUGAAGACAGAGUUCCUGGGGGUCCAGUGAGUUCAAUAAUUGUUGACAUCAUAGGCCUGCUGAGGACUUUUCCAGCUUUAUUCUUGGCCAUACUCUCCGUGAAGGCAACGCAUGUACUGACUAUUUGGCUUCCUUGGGGUCAUUCGGCUCCUCCGGACACUUCGAUCUUGCAAGACCCCCCCUCCCCUUGGGUUACGUCAAAUCUUGCUGGGCAAGAAAGCGAAGCUAAAACACCGGCCGUGGCUCCAGCUACAGCUCCUGCUAAACCGAAAUCAUCACCAGCUCCCGCCACUAGUCCCGCAUCAUCACCUCCAGCUACAGCUCCUGCUAAACAGAAAUCAUCACCAGCUCCCGCCACUAGUCCCGCAUCAUCACCUCCAGCUACAGCUCCUGCUAAACAGAAAUCAUCACCAGCUCCCGCUACUAGUCCCGCAUCAUCACCUCCAGUUUCUGCUCCUGCUCCCGUAAAGACUGCGGUUCCGGCCCCGGUGUCUACUCCAACGGCUUCUACUCCGGUGAGUUCUCCUCCUGCUUCGGUUCCUGUGAGCUCUCCACCUGCAAAAUCAUCUCCUGUUACUGCACCGACGACGCCUCCGGAAAGCUCAGCCGCUGCUCCGGUGGAAGCACCGACUGCUGAGGUUGCAGCACCGGCACCGAGCACGAAGUCGAAAGAAAAUGCACCUGCUCCUUCCCCUUCUUUGCUUGGACCUCCCGCUCCACCGACAGGAGCUCCUGGUUCCAGUUCCGACGCUUCCAGUCCCGGAGCUUCCUCUCCCGGUCCUUCAGGAGCUGCUGAUGAGAGCGGAGCAGAAACGAUCAGAAGUGUGCAAAAGAUGGUAGGAGGCUUGGCAUUGGGAUGGGGUGUGAUCGCUCUGAUCUUCUAGAGAAAUCUGGAUGUACUGUCGUUUUUUAAAUUCCAUUUUAUCUUAUUUUUUUAAAUAUUUGAUUACCAAUUGUUUGGUUUCUGGAGGCUGGUAGUGUGGUUUUAUCUUAUCUUUUAGGAUUUUACCACGCAUCUUCGCUUGUAUUCUUUUGUGGAGAUAGAUACUGCAGUUUUUUCUAUUCGCUGUUUUAUUACUUUUGGACUCUUGUAGGAUGCUUCCUCUGUACUUCAACAGUAUUUCCCCCUUCUAUUUGUCUAAUCAUUCUUCAGUGUUCAGAAAUAACAAAUGUCAUCUAUA